CCGCCUUGACCUUGUUUGAAAGCAUGCCGAAGACCAAGACACAGAAGAAACUCGAAAUAAUUUCAGUAUAAAUUAUUUUGAAAGUAAAGGAAAGUAAACCAAAAAGUUUUGACAAUGCCAGAAGUAGGAAAAGUGUUGAACUCACUCUAUGGAAAUUUCAAAUCUAGUGGUUGUAAUGUCUUUGUCACAGAACCCAUAACAGCAAUGGACAUAUCAGCAAAAGAACCCUCAUAUGUUGCUGUUGCAGGUAGAAAAAUGUUAAAAAUAAUGAUGCUGCACAAGAACGGUUUUGUCGAGGUCGCCAAUCUUUGUGGAAAGAACAAAAAAGUGAACCUAGACUACAGUAUAACGGACGUUCAGUGGGAACCUAAUGGAGAUGAAAGAUUAGCUACUGCCGCCGGGAAUGGGACGAUUUUGGUGUGGAAUGUUAAUCUCUCGAAAAAUAGCCGACAAGUUAAUUGUGGGAAACGAGACUUGACCGAACACCGAAGAACUGUGAACAGAAUUUCUUUUCAUCCGACGGAUCGCGAUGUCCUUAUCAGUGGCUCACAAGAUGGCACCAUUCGAUAUUUCGAUCUUCGCCGACCAGAUGGAAUUGCUCUGUCCAUGUCCAAAGGCAAAUCGCAGAAUACGAGCAUCCGUGACGUUAAAUUCAAGCCGUCGGACGGCAGGUGUUUUGCCGCUGCUGCGGAGAUUGGUGAGGUUCAGCUUUGGGACAUCCGCAAAUUGGACAACUGUAUUCAGCACUUCGUCGCCCAUAUUGGCCCAACCUUCUCAAUAGAUUGGCAUCCUGAUGAAGCGGACUGGCUUGGCACUGCGGGAAGAGAUAAGCUCAUCAAGGUCUGGGAUACCCAGCACAAGCCGGUCGAAACUCAUCAGAUUCGAGCCAUUGCCGAGCUUGCCCGUAUAAAGUGGAGACCAGGUAGAAGACAUCACAUCGCAAGUUGCGCUCUGCUUGUCGACAACUGUGUCAGUGUGUGGGACAUUCGCCGACCAUACCUUCCGCAUGCGCAGUUUUCUUUUCACGAGGAUGCCGUAACCGGAAUUGUGUGGCAUAAAGAUCCUAAUAUGUUGUGCUCUUGUGGAAAGGACUCGAUGAUCUACCAAAACUGGUUUGCUGAUGCGUAUCGCCCUCCUGAUCAUGUGUCACCUGUGGCUCUUGGAUUCAGUUCGACCGGUAACAUCGCAUUCGCCAAAAGUGACGUUAUCGUGCCGGCAGAACCGACGAAACCUAAACAGAAAUUCAAUGCUCAUCUAACAUCAUCCCUAGGCGCCAUGCGUAUUCAGCAACCCAGCAAGGUUGAAGAGGUCACUCCAGUUACAAGUACCAUGUACAGUUUCACUACAGACAGUGUCAACGAUCUUGAGCGUUUUAAGAUCUUGGCUAGAAAUUAUCAGCUCAGCGGUGGUACCCUUGGUGAACUUUGCGAUCAUAAUGCUAAGCAAUGCAGUAAACUCGGACUUCAUUAUGAAGCACAGACGUGGAAAAUUAUCAAAGUAAUGUACUCUUGCGACUAUUCUGAACUGACAUCCACAGCUGGCGCUGCAACAUGCGGGAUUGCUAAAACAAACCAAGGUGUUUCUACUCCAGCCAGUCCGACUGUCGCAGAACCAAUCAACGUGCAGAACAGUGCUGAAGAGACGCUCGCCGCAGACGACCAAGAGGUUCAAAAUAUUUUGAGCAAAAAGGAAAAUGAGAGUGUCGUCGAGCACGAUGAGUCGUCGGAAAGUAGUGAUGAUAUAACCGAAAGUGAGACAUUCUUCAAUCCUGAUAAAGAUUUCAUAUUUGGAGAGGAGCAGGAAUUUCAGUUUGAUUCAGCUGAUAUUGACGCUCAGCUGGAAAUCGAAUACACAUUGGCUCAUGAAGCGUUUGAGCCUAGACAAGACAUCGAAGACAGGCCUCUGCCAACAUUGCACUCCGAACGAGAAAGAUAUUCAACACCUUACAGCGGUGGAGAUUCGGACGUUGCUACUGCGCAAAAUCACCGAAGUUCAAUCGUGGACUUGACGUUAAAGGACGACGAAAGAAUGAGAUCACUCCUCUUCCCAAAGUUGGACUUCACGGAUAUUGUCGUCGAAUGCUUGGAGUAUUACGCCAAACAGGGAGAUGUUCAGAUGAGCGUUUCUGUACUCCUUGUUCUUGGUGACAAAAUCAGAUCCGCUAUAGAGGAGCAUGUCCAGGAACAAUGGCUACUGUCCUACGUUGACUUGCUGAGUCGUUUGCAAAUGUGGACAGUUUCUACCGAGAUCAUUAAUCUUUCUAAUCUACCUGCUUUGACCCAUAUCAAUCAGACGUCUACAACCGUGCACACGUUAUGCAGCAACGUGAAAUGUAGGAAGCUGUUACCGCCUGACAAACCCGGUUGGUCUUGUGAUAAAUGCAAGAUUCUCACUCCAGCUUGUUCUGUAUGUAACAUGACUGUGCGUGGUUUGUUUGCUUGGUGCCAAGGUUGCGGUCACGGAGGCCAUAUUCUACAUAUAAAGGAGUGGUUCAAGAAAUAUCGUAGCUGUCCGAAGGGUUGUGGGCAUAACUGUGAGUACAGAUAACAUCCUUACUGCAGGUGAUGCUUUGAAGUCCGAGGCCGUGCACCUCUCCCGCGGGGUAUCUUUGCGAAAGGUUUCGUGCCAUAUUCAUACUUAUGAGUACGUUUAUUUCGAUCUGCAAGACUUUAAAUGCCUUAAAAUGCCUUAGCAUUAUGUGUUUAUGGUACUUGAAACGCUUUUUGGGGGGAUCGCGAAGAAUGGGCUAAUAUUCAUGUAUGCAUAUUCUAGUUAAUUAAUUUCUAUUUAAAUCCAUUGAGAUUAUGGCUCAAAACGGACUUCGUGUUAGGGGAAGAGAGGCGAACUCGCAAGUCACCUCUCCCUCUCCCUAAGUAACGUUUUUGCCACGUCUCUUUUAGCCAUACAUGUUGUACGACUGUAGAUAAUUUAAACCUGGACUGUCUCAGGUACCCGCUCUAAAGGUAGAUCUUUAACGAUGUCGAACGCAAUAAAAGCAGUGAAGUCAAAA